GCGUGCUGGGCGGGUGCGCGGCUGGAAUGGCGUCCCUCUGGCUGACAGUGACGACAGUGCUCCUACUCUGCGCUGCAGCCUCCACCAAGGACGUGUCGCGCUGCUACGACUGCUUCACAACCGCGCAGCGCUCCAGCUGCCACGUGCAGCCGAAGCUGGAGCUGGCCGGCAUCGCGGGCUGCCGGCGGGGCACUUCGCGCUGCGUCACCGAGCGCCACCAGGCCAAAGACGGCAGCAUAAUCUCCCUGCGCCGCCGGUGCGCCACCUGGCUCGAGUCCCGCUUCAGCUACAACAGAUGUGACGACCAGACCGACGGCAGCAGCCGCUGCCUCUCCUACUGCCGCGGCGAGCUCUGCAACAGCGGCACGGGUCGCUUGUACACGGCCACACGCUACUGGAACUACGACAGCCCCGACUACGCCGACUACGUGUUCGACCCCGAGGAGGCCGUGCUCGACCCCGACUACGGCGGCGACCCGCUCCACGAGCGGCACUGGCUCUGCGCCUGGACGCGAGGACAGUGGGUCUUGAACGCAGUGCUGUUCCAGGGUCUGGCGCAGUGUGAGCUACAGUUGUGA